UGACCUACCUGUUUUACUUUGUACCAUACUAUGUGUCGGCCAUAUACAGCCUGGUUAACCCCGGGGAGACCUGGAUGUCCGACUGGGCAAUUCUGCAUGCUGGAGCAGCAGCUCAGAGCCAAGUGGUUCAUAUCUUUGCAUCAUUCCACUGGCGUACGGUGGCAUCAGGAUUUGGCUCCCCAACUGACUUGUUUAACAGUCCUGGGCAGGUUUUCUGGUACACCAAUCUUCUGCUUCUGGUUGUGCCACAGCUGUUUGCCUGGCGUUGCUACACUGAUCAAGAAUUUUUCUUCAGUGUGUAUGAUGGUAGCAUUACCUCUGACAGAUCUGGCCGUGUGAAGUAUGCCGAUGCGGCCACCUUCUCCGAGGUGACCACGAAGAAAAACUCCACUAUGACUAAUUUAGUGGAUGGUGUUGUGACCUCUACAACCCAGGUCGAGGGUCGAGUGACCAGAAGCAUGAAAAAAAUGUCAUAAUGAUAAUGUGUCACAGAGUAAAAGCUCUUUUGAAAUGACAGUUUGCAUAAAGAAACAAAAAUAUGUGGUACAACACAUAAACAAAUAUCGUACAAAAUCUUUUUUGAUAGCAUUACUAAUUUUAUAGAAUUUUGCAAUAAUGAUACAAAAUGUAUAUUUUUUGAAGAGAUUAGAUAAAUUGUUGCAUUAUUUUUGUAAUUUAAGUUACAUGUUCCUGGAAAGUCUUUUUGUCUGUAGCCAUAUUUAUUUAUAUACAAUGUAUAUGCCAUAGUUUAGGUCGAAGAAGGUGACAAAUGAACCUCACUUUCAAUCCUAACAUAAAUCGAGGACAUCCCUGUUAAGGCCUAGAGUAUCAAUGUUUGGCCAGUAGCUUGACAAGUCUUUUUAAGAAAGAUGGCAAUAACCUUCCCAAGGUCCUAUAAGCAUUACACAUCAAAAUCUUUUAACAAAGAUUCAUAUUAAGGUUUAGAGUACCCAGGUAAUUAUAUUAAG